AUAGUGAUAAUUGGCGGUCAAUUCAAAUAUGUAGAACACAAGAUUACAAGAAAAGAUAAUGAUAAGAUAACACUUUAGUUACGGGCCGAUAACUCGUUUGUAGUACCUUUAGUCAUGAAACUGUUUAUUGUGUGGAAAUAAUGGACACUGGACAAAAUCCGACUCCGAAGAGACCGGAAAGGCGCGAAAAUGUGGCUGAGGAUCUUCACUUGGAUCGGGUGGUGGCUUCGCAGCCGGAGAUCGGCCCUACCCCUCCCGAUGGCGGAUACGGGUGGCUAAUAGUGUUCUCCGCCGUCAUCUAUCACGUCACGGUGCCCGGGGUGUUGACGCUCUACGGCUUAAUAAUUCUUAAUGCGAUGGGGAACUUGAACCACGAGCAAGACGAGUUGAUGAGGAUAUGGGACAUGGACAUAGCAUUAGUGCCGGUGAUAAUGAUCGUGAUGCGGCUGCUGCUUGAGUCCUGGUGUCGCGCGGUGGUGAAGACGUUCAACAUGCCGCGGUUCGUCGCCCUCUCAGGCUUGUGCCUGACCGUGGCGGGGGUGCUGCUGUCCAGCUACUCGACGGACGCGAACAGCAACGACCACAUCAUUAACAUUUUCUCCGGCAUGUUUGCAGGUGCUGGUUGCGCGCUGACCGGACAGCAGAUCGAGGUGAUCAUCACCCACUACUUCCGCGAUCGGCUCACCACAGCGCAGAGGAUCGUGCGCAUGGCGCCCUCCGUCGGCAACUGCCUGGUCCCCGUCCUCGUGGGCCGCCUCUGCACCUCCUACAACGACGGCUACAUCGUCGUCAUGAUCUACGGCGCCAUCCUCAUGCAGAACUGCCUCUUCCUCGCCUCCUUCACCCGGCCCGUCUACAUCGAGAGAGUCAUCAGAAGCACCUACAACAUGCUCCGGGACGCCGUCGAAGACGACGAUGAAGUCAUCUUCUCUAAUCAACCAGAAGACCCGGAGAGAAACGUCCAACCACAAUCCAGCCAUCACGAUGAUGACGCUACCGACGUUGUAGUGUUCAAAUCUAAGAAAAACGCUAAAGAAAUUGUCGAUCCAGAGAUUAAGUACAGAGAAAAGGCCGCCACUGUGUCAAAUCCGCAGAACCAGCCGAGAUUCUCGUCGGAUUUCAGCGAGAUUCUGGCAGCAUCCACAAAUCGGUUUUCGUCUGAUUUCGGGAGUCUGGAUGUUGCGAGCUACGGGCGGGUGAGCGGGUACCGGGAGCUGGAGAAUAUCGACAGGAGCCAGCCGCAGCCGUUGUAUCGAGAGACGACAGAGGCGCCAGGCCAGAGCGUGGUGUUCGGCGCGGAGAUGUCCGCGGGCACGGCGCGGCGCACGGCAUCGCUCCGCAAGAACUUCAUCACCGUGGUGAACAUGCUGCUGGACCUCAACUUCUACCUCUACGCUCUUCUGCACCUCACCACCACCACCUCCAUCUUCGUGCUAGGGGUCUGGUUCGCGCCGCUGGUGAAAGCUAGGAAUGCGAGCAUGAAUAUUUGGGGGGUAUCGACCCUGAUGGCAGCAGCGCACGGGGCAGCCCUCUGCUUCAUCAUGUUGUGCGUGGUCCUGCCCAAAGCUAUCCACGAGAAGGCCCGUCUCUGCACGCUUUUCUGCGUCGCUGGAGCAAUGGGAUUCUAUGGCAUCACCCUCUCUGCCAACAAAAGCCUGCUCCUGGUCUGGUGCAUGUUCGCCAGCUUCUCCACGGCAGCCACCAGCAUCAUCCAGCAGCCGCUCUACAACAGCACCCUCAACGAGUUCGACCACACAGCCACGACCACCGCCGCUAACGUCAUCGUCGCCAUAUUCCUGCUCGCCUGGUCCUUCAGCAGGAACUACGCGUAUGUAGCCUGCUUCGAGACUGCUGCAGUGCUGCAGGUGGUCACUGCAGGGGUGUUUCUAGCUUCGUCUUUUAGGAGAAGGCGGUGAUUGUUAUCUGGUCUUUUACUUUAAGGUUUCUGAGGAACUGCCAAUUCUUCGAUUGAAUAAGUCGUUAGAUUCUGGUCGAAAGCGAUCUAUAGACAAAAUUCUGACAAAUACUAGAGUGAAACGUUUUACCCUGUAGAACAUAAAGUACAAUAUAAAGAAACCCAUUGAAAAUUCCGGUCAGAAUCCAUACCAAUUAAAAUAAAUCAUACAUAAAUCGUGUAGAUUUUGGAGCGAAUUUAGUUCUUUCAAAAACGGAAGGACUUUUUAGAACCUCAGACUGCAUUGAUACGACAAUUUAAAACACGAGCUUUAAGAAUUUUCAAAACUAUUCCGAUAUACAUUUUGGUUUUAUUAUUAAUUAGUUGGAUUAAUGAUAGUUUUAAGAAUAGAUCAUAAAUUAAUUCGUUGGUAAAAAAAGUGUAAUUAACAAGCACCAUUAUUUAUAUGUAUUUAUGAUAGGUGUUAUUUUGAACCAAUUUUAAAGACGCAGCAGUAAAGUAUCUUAACGACAAGUCAAAUCUAAUAAAAUAAUAGUUAUUUGUUAUACAAGGGAGCAAAGUUGUAUUUUAACCGAGUGUGGAAUUGCAACACGAACUAGCGAAUGGAUUCUAGGGUUGAACUACGAGCGAGCGAAUGGA